AUGAGCAUUACAGAGAAGAUAUCAACUGUACCUGGUGUUACUGCUGUGAUAGCUUGUCUCUUCCAUUUUACGAGUCAAUAUGGCUUUGUCACUAGCACCCCUCAGAACAUUCCUUAUGAGGAUGAGGGUAUUAUUGAAGCUAUGUCAAUAUGCUUCGAAGACACUGCUGAUUUCCUGGAUCUUGAGGCUGGUAUUAAUCUCCUGGGAAUUCUUAUUGCAGAGGAGGAACCUGGCCUAGGUAGUGUCAAGGCAACACUGAUGGGGAUGUGGAAAUCGUUAGGCCAAAUCCGAAUCAUUCAGGUCAAGAAGAACACAUAUUCAUUAACGGUUGGUUCAGAGAAGUUGGCUAGUAAACUGAUCAAUGAGAGUCCUUGGAACGUUAAGGGUUACUGCCUAUCUGUGAGGCACUGGCCUCACUUCCAUUCCAUUGAUGAUAUGGACACCAAUCGCCCAACGUACUGGAUACAGGCCCACGGCAUCCCCUUGGACCAAAUGACAAAGAACAAUGGCAGAAAACUUGGUGAGCUGCUCGGCUCAACACUGGAAGUUGAAGACCCAAAAGUUGUAGGUAUUAAAGGUUACCUCCAGAUGCGAGUCGACUUUGAUACAAGGCGUCCCCUUGCCACCUUUGUUCAACUACCCCGUCUGACCUAUAGAGUCACCAGAAUCCGACUUCAGUAUGAAGGUCUCAGGGUGUUCUGUUAUCAUUGUGGGAGAUUAGAACAUUCUAAUACCUCCCUCAAAUACCAGGUAAACCCUCUAUAUUGA